AUGUCAUGGGCUCGCGGGUCCCGUUACAGGCGGGUGCUGGCAGGGGUGUGGGCGCAUGUCGAUUUCUGGAAGACGCUGGGCUACGGAGCGGCCAAUGAACGGAGCCGUCCAGCGUCUGCCCCAGAUCGCGCUUGGACACCCAUGGGCCAGCGACUUGGUUUGCCGGCUGCACGCGCGACCACGCAGGAGGGUGAACCGCGGAAGCAUGCUGUAGUGCGCCCUGCGCAGGCCCAACUCGCCUGCCACUCUUCCACUGCCUCCGAGACUCUUGCGCCAACCACACUCCUGACCCCAUCCGCCCCUGAUAUGGCCCAUCAACGCUGGCGCCCCGACGGAUCUUUACUGCAAAUGCACCAGCCCCUCCAGCCGGCAACUCCCCAUCGAUAG